AUGUCUUCAAAAUCGAGCAAAAAUGGCAAAAACGGCCAAAUCGCCGACUCCCGGUUCUCGAAUUUCGAGACCGACCCUCGCUUCCGCCUUCCAUCCAAGAAGCAGACCAAGACGACAAUCGACAAGCGCUUCUCCCGCAUGCUGAAGGACGACUCUUUCACAGGCACCGCAAAAGUCGAUCGUUACGGCCGAAAAGUCAAGUCCGACACCAAGAAGAAGGCUCUGCAGCGACUCUACGAGCCUGAGGAUGGUGAAGAGGAGGAUGAGGAGGAGCAGGACAAGGGAAUGGAGGUCGAGGCCGACGACGUAGUGGAGCGCGAGCUGGCAAAGGCCAACGCGAAGUACGAUCCCGCGCGUGGUGGCGGUUUCUCCGAGUCUGAGUCUGAGUCCGAGUCCGACGACGAUGACGAGUCGGACGAAGAAACCACUGCCGUGGCCGACCCCAAAGCGUCCAUGUCGCGCCUGCACGACGAGCAAGCCGACGUCGAGGAUGGCGAAGUCACGAACCGCAUAGCGAUCGUCAACCUUGACUGGGACAACAUAAAAUCGGCAGAUCUGUUUGCUCUCUUCGCCAGCUUUUUGCCCUCCACCGGCGGCCGCAUCGAGAAGGUCUCGGUGUACCCUAGCGAGUUCGGCAAAGAGCGCAUGGGGCGCGAGGAGCUGGAAGGUCCUCCGAAGGAGAUCUUCAAGAAGUCCGAUGGUUCCGACGAAGAUAGCGAGGACAGCGAAGCAGAGGAAGAGGCGAUCAAGAAGGAGCUGUUGGAGGAGGGCGACGCGGAGGACUUUGACCACGAUGCGCUGCGCAAGUACCAGCUCGACCGGCUGCGAUACUUCUACGCCGUCAUGACCGUCUCCGACAAGACGACAGCACAGAAGCUCUACGAGGCCACCGACGGCACCGAGUACCAGUCAUCAUCCAACUUCCUCGACCUGCGAUUCAUCCCCGACGAUGUCACCUUUGACGACGAGCCCAGGGACGAAUGCGACAAGAUGCCGGAGGGAUACAAGCCCGUCGAGUUCACCACCGACGCCCUACAACACUCCAAGGUCAAGCUCACAUGGGACAUCAACCCCGAUGACGCUGCGCGCAAGGCCUCCAUCAACCGUGCCUUUACCGGUAGCCGCUCGCAGCUCGAGGAGAACGACCUGAAGGCGUACCUGGCCAGCGACAGCGAGGACGAUGGUGAUUCGUUCGCGGGCUUCGAAGACGAGGAGAAGAAAGAGGGUGAGGAGGCGGCUGCCGAGCCCAAGCUCUCCAAGAAAGAGCUCGCCCGCCGGAAGAUGAGAGAGGCCCUGGGGUUGGGCGCCGAGGAGGAGAAGAAGAAGUCCAAGGACGGCCCCGUUGGCGAGAUGGAGAUCACAUUCACGCCCGCCCUGACAGAAAGCAAGAAGGACAAGAAGCCAGAGGAGGAGGAGACGACGAUCGAGAAGUACAAGCGCAAGGAACGCGAGCGCAAGGAGAAGAAGCGCGAGGCAGCCCGCGCCAGACGCGAGGGCGGCACGGCGACCGCAGAGGUCGCAGAGCCCGCAGAGGAAGAAGAGGUUGGCGACGCGGGAGAGGACCUCGGCUUCGACGACCCUUUCUUCACGACCGAUGAGCCGGUGGCGGCGUCCAAGACGAAGACGUCGGUCCGCAAGGAAGAGCGCCUGGCGAAGCGUGCGGCGCGCGAAGCCGAGGAAAAGGAGAAGGCGGAGCAGAAGGCACAGCUGCAGCUGCUGAUGGCGGACGAGAAUGACAACGAGCAGGCGGCGCACCUGGACCAUUUCGACAUGAACGAGAUUCUCAAGGCGGAGAAGCUCAAGAAGAAGAAGGGCAAGGCGGCCAAGCGUCUGGCGGCCAAGAAGGCGGCGGCCGGUGGGGACGAGAACGUCGGCUUGCAGCAGGAUUUCCGGAUGGACGUCGACGACGACCGCUUCAAGGCCGUGUUCGAGAGCCACGAGUACGCCAUCGACCCCUCGAACCCCAAGUUCAAGGGCACCGAGGCGAUGCAGAAGCUGCUCGAGGAGGGCCGCAAGAAGAGGAAGGCCGGCGGCGGCGACGACGACGAGGCGCCGGCGGAGAGGGAGGGCAAGAAGGCCAAGAAGUCCAAGGGGGAGAGGAAGGCGGAGGACGAGGAGCUCAGCAGGCUCGUGGCGUCGGUCAAGAAGAAGGCGAGCAGCAAGGCCGGCAAGAAACAGGCAUGA